AAAUUUUCUUAGUAGUUUUCCCUAUGUGAUGCAGACACGUAUGUGAUACUAUGAAUAAAUAUAUAACUUUUAUAAACUACUCUCUCCUUCUACUUUAUGUCGGGGCAGAUCUAAUAUUUGAUGAAUAUGCGGGACCAUACGAUCAAAAGCCAUUGGGAACAGAAUUUUGUCGAAUAACGGGAAGACAAUGCGUUGAAGGCAAUUUCACAAGACGCAAGCUCCCGGGUAUAGAUAAAGAUUGGCUCUACAAUGUUACAAUGCGGAGCUACAUGUAUAUCACAGAAACAACCACUAUGCGGGUAGUAGCAUCAACCAAAGGAGCAAGCGGCCAUUACAACAGCCUAGCAGACAUCACUAGACCGGCAUGCAAGUGGUUGGAUUGGAUCCAGCCAUUCAUCAAUGAUAUUUCCAGACAUGUUGGAUACAACCCGAAAGACAUCUGCCUUGCAGCAAUUCCGGGCUUUUAUCAGAUCACAAACUUCCAUCUGAAAGAGCAAUCACACUUCAGAAUAAAACAGAUUCCAAUAGCUCCUUACGGAUUGUAUAAAUUUGAGUUCCAUAUGUCGGAAAAGGAUAAUCCAAACUGUCUUUGCGUACGCAUCUUCGUGGAGAUAACGCCUGAUGCCAAAGCUAUUCUAAGGAAGCAGAAACAGAAUCGCACAAUUAUUCAAAUACCGAAAUUCUGA